AUGACAGAUUAUAUCACUGAUCUCGAUAAAUCUACAAAUUCGAAUGAUAAUGAUGAAGAAAAACGUGUCAAAUUUGAAAAUAAACGAUAUAAAUUAUUCAAACCUCGUGGUUUUGGUAAACCAAGUGUAUAUCAUGGACUUGUUGUAAUAUUUCUUGAAUUUUUUGCAUGGGGUCUUCUCACUAAUCCAGUUAUUACGACACUUAAUCAGACAUUUCCAACUCAUACUUUUCUAAUGAAUGGUGUCAUUCAUGGAAUAAAAGGUUUAUUGACAUUUUUAAGUUCACCAUUACUUGGUGCCUAUUCAGAUGUAUGGGGAAGAAAAUCAUUCUUACUAAUUACAGUGUUUUUUACAUGUUGUCCAAUUCCACUAAUGAAAAUCAGUCCAAUGUGGUAUUUUGCGUUAAUUAGUAUCAGUGGUCUUUUUUCUGUAACAUUCAGUGUUGUCUAUGCAUAUGUUGCGGAUGUUACUGAUGAGAAUUCACGAAGUGCUGCAUAUGGUUUGGUAACAGCAACAUUUGCUGCAUCAUUAAUUACAAGUCCAGCUAUUGGUGCACAUUUAGCAAGACUAUAUAGUGAAAAUUUUGUCAUUGCACUUGGUACUGGAGUUGCUAUUCUUGACUUAAUAUUUAUUUUUUUUUUCGUGCCCGAAUCAUUACCAGAACGAUUAAGAGCCGAUAAUAAAAUAUCGUGGGAUAAAAUCGAUCCUUUUGCUGCUCUUCGAAAUAUCACAAACGAUCGAUUUAUCUGUCUUAUAUGUCUUAUUGUUCUUUUAUCUUAUCUCCCCGAAGCUGGACAAUAUUCAUGUUUUUUUAUGUAUCUACGACUACUGCUUGGUUUUUCGGAAGAUGAAAUAGCUUAUUUUAUUGCUUUCGUCGGUAUUUUUUCUUGUAUUGCUCAAACAGCAUUAUUAGCUUGUUUACAAAAAUAUUUCGGCUCAAAAGAAACAAUUAUGGUUGGAUUAUUUUUUCAAAUUGUUCAAUUAGCAGCUUAUGGAGUUGCAACAUCAAAUUGGGUUAUGUGGUUUGCUGGAGGUUUAGCUGCAUUAUCAUCUGUAACUUAUCCAUCGAUAAGUGCAUUUGUUUCAGUUUAUGCUAAAGAUAAUCAACAAGGUCUUGUACAAGGUAUGGUGAAUGGGGUGCGGGGUUUAUGUAAUGGUCUUGGCCCGGCUUUAUUUGGUUUUAUAUUUUAUUUAUUUGAUGUUAAUUUAAAUGAAUCAGUACCACCUAUACCUUCAUCAUCAACAAUAUCAUCACAUUUAAAUCGUACAACAAUACGUAUCAGUGAAAAAUCAAUGUAUUUAUCAAUGCUUAGUCGUGAUGUUCCCGGUCCACCAUUUCUUUUUGGUGCUUUACUUGCUACUAUAGCAUUAAUGUUUUGUUUAUUGUUACCAAAUUCAAAACCAGAAUCAAAUGGAAUGUAUGUUGAUACGAGAAUUAUUGAACAGAAAGCUCGUUUAUUAGAUAUUGAUAGUGAUGCUAAUAGCCAUGUUUCAACAUGA